ACCCCCUCCCCACACUCCCUACACCAUCAAGAGACGAGUCCAGGAACACACACCGGUAUAACGAGAAGAAGAGUGGAAGACCUCUCGCAAAGCCUGCUGCACUCAUGAAGUCCUUCAACUCCUCUUCUGAUCUCGAGGCUGGAUGCGCUCCUCCUCACAAUUUCAUGGAAGCAGCCGGGGUGGGAUCUCCGCCGCCAAAGGCUAGGUUCUUCUGCGGCGGCCUCGACGACGACGACGAGCCGCACCACUUCUUGGACUCUUGCAACCUCUGCAACAAGCCCCUCCCCCGCAACCAUGACAUCUUCAUGUACAGAGGGGAUAUGGCGUUCUGCAGCGAGGAGUGCCGGCAGGAGCAGAUCGAGAUGGACGAGGGCAAGGACAAAAACCAGAAGCUCUCCCUCAAGGCUUCCUCCACGAAGGACUCGAACAAGGGCGGCUCCGCCACCAGCCCUCCCAAGUCCCACAAGGUACACGUUAGGACCGGCACCGUCGUGGCCGCAGGUUGACGGUCAACUGUACCACAUAUACAACACGGGACGAAGAAUCAAACAAAGCACGGGAAAAAAGAAAUCAGUAUGUCGCAGAAGAUCUUGUGUUCGUGGAGAAGUGCACGAGCAAUGGUUUCAUCACUCCGAACAAGUCGCAUCAGGAGAUGUUGUGUUCGGAGUGGAUCCGCCGUUUUAAUGUCGAACCUCUCUCUCUCUCUCUCUCUCUCUCUCUCUCUCUCUAUCUCAAGAGGCUCUUGGUGGUUUUUGACAUAAAUGAUAUUGAUCUGAGCCUUCGAAGAAAACACUAAAUUGUGAAGGA